AUGAAGCUCAAGAACCCCCUUUCUUUCACGCCCGUGCCCGUCACUAUCGUCACUGCUGCUGUCUACAUCAUUUUGAUUGUUGCACUUCUUAUUGACCAUCACACCCUGCCGAGAUCUGAGUCCAUCGAUGGCAUCGACUUAGAUGUAGCAUGGCGCGACCUCCAGACCAUCACGACAGGUUUUCACCCUUUCAAUAGCCACCAAAAUGAUGAAAUUCGCGGAUGGCUCCUAGCGAGACUCGAGUCCAUCGUUCAAACCAACGCCAAGAAACGCCUGCCCGUCCAAAUAGCUGGUGAUAAAAGGAAUAACUCAUCAGAAGAGGCAGUACCAGUGACAAUCUUCUCAGAUAUCAUCUCGAAUAUCUCGGAUGCAGUCAAUACUUCCUCUACUCGGAGUGGCUACAGUACAUAUUUUGAAGGCACCAACAUCAUCGUCUACAUCCGCGGAUCCGAAGAUGAUCCCGCAGACGGAUGGAUGCACCAGCAGAAAGCUCCCGGUCAAGGCGGCGUAUUGGUGAGCGCUCACUACGACAGUGUCUCUACCGGAUAUGGCGCGACAGAUGAUGGAGUUGGCAUCAUUACGAUCCUGCAACUUGUUUAUUACUUUUCAUCUCCGGGCAGACAGCCAAAAAGGGGCAUUGUUCUCCUUCUCAACAAUGGAGAAGAAGACUUUCUCAAUGGUGCUCGAGCUUUCACUCAGCAUCCGCUAUCAAGGUUUCCGACGACUUUUCUAAACCUCGAAGGCGCUGGAGCGGGCGGCAAGGCGACCCUUUUCCGCAGUUCCACCACAGAAGUGACCAAGUCGUACAAAAGCAGCAAGCACCCGUUUGGGAGCGUAGUCAGUGCUGACGGGUUCAGACGAGGGCUUGUGCGGAGCGGUACUGAUUACAGUAUCUUUGAGCAGAUUGGGCUUCAAGGACUUGACGUCGCUUUCUACGGGCCUAGAUCUCGAUAUCACACCAAUCAGGAUGAUACGAGACAUACGAGCAAGGCCUCUGUUUCUCAUAUGCUGUCGGCUGCCUUGGCCACAACGAAGGAUCUUAUUGGUACAAGUGAGGAUUAUAGUAUGAAGUCAGACGGAGUAUGGUUUGACCUCUUCGGCUCAGCUUUUGUAGUGUUUAGGCUACAUACUCUCUUCGCUUUAUCAGUAACUCUACUCGUCAUUGCGCCCGCCACCUUGGCAGCGAUUGGAGCCUUUCUUUAUCGAUCAGACAGGCAGUACAUCCUCAGUGGCUCAUCUAGACCGCGGGACCUUGACAACUCAGAACCAGUCUCCAUCAAAGGUCGACGAGGCGUCUUCAGGUGGCCUGUCGCAUUUAUUAUCUCAACAGCAGUGGUCCUUGCACUUGCUGUGCUAAUAGUCAGAGUCAAUCCACUGGUCAUCUAUGGUAGCCCUUACGCCGUUUGGGCCAUGAUGAUGUCCGCGUGGUUGGCAGUAGCCUGGCUUUGCGUAUACACAGCUGAUCGCUAUCGUCCGACGGCGUUUCAACGAUUAUACACAAUUCUUUGGAUGUCUCUUGCCGCGUGGGCGGUUAUGAUUGUCGCUACUAUACUGGAGCAAAAGCAACAGAUUGCCGGAACAUAUCUCAUCUUCUUCUACCACGCCCCUAUCUUCCUAGCAGUCACAGUUACUUUGCUAGAAGUAUUUGGGCUGCCAAAGAAGACAAACUACGCCAUGGAUCUACAGAUCACAGGCCCAACCCAGAGCGAUGCCCAGCCGCUCGAUGCAUCCAAUGAUGAUGCGGAAGAGCAGCAAGAAAACCGGAUCGAAGAUGAUGAGGAGGCAGAUGAGCGAACGUCAUUGAUACGAGGUGCUGAACACCGACGAACGACUUUUAAACGCUACUCAUCCCCGCACCAACGAGAGGAGGUAGAGGAGCAUGAAAGACUCGAAGCCCCCAAACGCAAGAAAGUUUACGGACUUGAGCAGCCCUGGUCGCAUGCUCUACCCUCUUACCUAUGGAUCCUCGAAUUCCUCUUGGUCGCACCCUUCCCUUUGAUUCUCCUCGGCCAAGUAUCUCUCCUUCUCACCACCGCUCUAUCUCAGACCCUCGCCGACGGCAGCAGUCCGCUGAUAGUCUACCUCUUCAUCUCUGUCCUCACAAUCCUGAUCCUCUCACCUUUAGCUCCCUACCUCCACCGCUACACUUACCAUAUCCCUCUCUUCCUCACUCUCGUCGCCCUUGGAACUCUGAUCUACAAUCUCACAGCCUUCCCUUUCUCCCCUUCCUCCCGCCUGAAACUCAGAUUCAUCCAACAGCUCGAUCUCGACACUGGAGCAAACAAUGUCACCAUAACCGGCAUAUCCCACUCCAACUACCUCGAAAACACCAUCCAUGCCCUCCCCAGCAACUUCAACCAAACUCCCACCUGCACGUUAGGCCCAGAACCCAACCUCCAACAAUGCACCUACACCGGCAUCCCACCAAAAGUUAUCCCCCUAGUGAAUUCCUACACAGAAAAGCUCCCCCUUUACCACCAAUGGCUCACCUUCAACAUCACCACCCUUCCCAACAAAACAAAUACCGCGCGCUUCACCCUUCAGGGCCUCAACACGCGGGCAUGCAAACUCGUCUUCGACACUCCAAUCAGCGACUUCAAAAUCCAGGGAUCUGGACCCAACGACCCACGCUUUCCAAAGAUCGCAGAUGGAGGGAGCAGAGAGCUAAGGCUAUGGUCGAGGACAUGGGGACGACAGUGGAGGGGUACGAUAUCCUGGCUUGACGGAGAUGAGGAAUUGGAGUUGCUACAAGAUCAGAUCGCCGACUUCUCCGCCAAAAAACCCACCAACAAAGGCAAAGAGCAUAAGAAAGAGCUAAAGGGAAGAAAAGAACUAGUGCUAGGUCAAGCAAAUAGACCCCAUACACAAACCACAAGAAAGAAAAAGGCAGGAGGUGGGGGUAGCGGACAUAUCACCGGCCACGCGGUCUGUCUCUGGAGCGACGCCAAUGUGCCCGGCACGAUACCAGCGCUCGACGAGAUGUGGAAAUUCGCGCCCGAUUGGGUCGCGGUUACGAAGGCGGGGGAUGGAUUGGUGGAGGGAUGGAAGAGGUGGGUGAUUUGA